UGCGCGCGAGUUACUGCGUAGUCUCAGCACGGAGACCGGAGCAGUUUCGGUGUAAUUUUGACGGCGUCCAUAUUCACUGAGUGAUUUCGGUAUUCUAUAACAUUAUUUAUUGUUGUUUUGCGUAUAUUUGUGUACUAAUUAAAGAAUAGUGAUAAUGAAAAUCUUGAAAAAAGCUUUUUGUAGCGGAGAAAAUCUUCGUGUGAAAUGUUUCAUCAUCGGAUACUUGAACCUAAUCGCCAGUAUCAUUGACAUCGGUUGUCAUGUUCUCAUUGUGGCUAUUGUAUCCAACGGCUUUCAAUGUGAUGUUGACAGAGAUAUCCUUCGAUCUAUCGACUGGCCAUGGCUGGAACCAUUAUUGCUGAUCGUGAAUAUCGGUACUCAUGGCUUUUACCCAUUUCCUCUCAUCCUCCCCUCCUACAACAACUUCCACGUUGACUAUAUGCCUAUCCCGACACAACCUAAAUGCUAUCCUGGGAUGCUGCAUCUUUAUUUGAUUGACAUUCUCAAUUGCUUGAUCAAUGUCAUUUGGCUCCAAUUCGUGGUUUCGUUUAUCUCCGCUGUUCACAAGAAAGAUCCAGAACCAAUGCGCAUGUUCUUUGGUCUGUCUUUGGUGAAACUUGUGCUCCAGGUUAUGUAUUUCUUCGCCCGGCCCAACUUCUCCAGAGACUUAUCCACGGAAGCCUAUUAUUUCAUCAGUGCUUUGGAUGCCUGCAUUGCAAUAAUCUUCUUGAUGAUCAUCAACGGAUACGUAGUUCAACUACGUAAUGAGAAAUUACAGAAGAACACCGACCAGCCACCACCUUACAUCGAAUGCCUCAUCAACGGACCUCAAACGCGAGUUGACGAAAAAAGGGACGUCGUUCUAGUUGUUGAAGAGAAAAAACCUGAAUCACCUCACGAAACGGAGUCACUGGAAAGAUGUUGAUCUGAUAGCUUUUAAAAUUUCGUUGGUUCAAUUACAAACCGCGUAUCUAUAAUUUAUCUAUAAUUUUUCAAACCAGAAUUUAAAUUCGUAACAGUUACUUUAUGAUACGAUGAUCAUUUCCUAUUAAUAUUAUAAAUUCAUUUUUGUAUGCUUAUUUCUCAAUCAUGCUCGGAAGGCUGGACCGACUAAGCGUAGAAGUCGAUUGGUAAACAAAUGCCCUUGAAUUAACUUCGGUUUAUUUUAAUUAUUAAUAAAUAAAAUAAUUACUAAAGUAACGGUUGCUUCUAGAUUAUUUUAUAAAUAACACACAGAUUAUUAUAAACUUUCAUUCCAAAAUAAUAAAAAAUCUAUUGUCGUGUUAAGUUUUGCAUGUAAUAGUUACGAAGUUUGGUACUUUAACCAUAUCUAAUUGUAGUAGUAUAUAGGUCGAGUUAAACGAUGUAAGGGUUUAAACAGAACCGGACUUAGAGGUCCAAGUCACUUUGACAUUUAAAGCCCCCCCCUCCCCAUUCCUAAGCGGUUAGAGUAAAAUUAUAUUUUGACUGGGUGAGGCCCCUCGACUAGACAGUCGCCGCACCUCACCUCACCAGUCCGCCGCCUCCCCUAGGCCGGUGCGUUAUAAGCCUGGGCAUAAAUCUAGGACUGGGUAUAAACACCAAAUAUAAAUGUUCUUUGAUUUUAUAUGUUUCUUAUAAUCUAUGUAUUUAUUUUAAUUAAUAUGUGAUUCAAAUAAACUAUUUACGCCUCAAGUUCUCUUUACGCGUUUGUUAAUAUAAGCACAUGACUAAACUACAUACAGUAUAUAAAAUAUAACGUUAUAUGUAAGUUAAAUUGGUAUAUUGAAAUACAUAUAAGAAAGAAUAAAUGGUAUUAUUUUUCCUUU